AUGGGAGAAGAGAACCACACGGGCCCAUUGCAGUUCAUUCUCCUGGAUGUCUCUCCCCAGCCAGAGCAUCAGCAUCUCUUUGCCUUGCUCUUCCUCACCAUGUACCUGUUGAUCCUUCUGGGGAACCUGCUGAUUGUCCUGCUGGUCUACUCUGAUGCUCACCUCCUCCACACACCAAUGUAUUUUUUCCUUAGCCACCUUUCUUUAGCAGACGUGGGCUUUGCUUCUGUGAUUGUCCCCAAGAUGCUGCAGAACCUCCUCUUUCAGGUCAAUACCAUCUCCUAUGGUGGUUGCUUUUUGCAGAUGUAUUUCUACAUAGCAUUUGGCAACACAGACAGCUUCAUCUUGACUUCCAUGGCUUAUGAUCGCUACGUGGCCAUCUGCCACCCAUUACACUAUGCCACACGCAUGAACCACAAACGUUGCCUCCUACUGGUGGUUGGUUGUUGGCUCCUGGCAUCUCUCCAUUCCCUUCUGUAUACGCUGUUAAUGUCCCAUCUGACCUUCUGCUCCUCUCAGGAGAUCCCCCAAUUCUUCUGUGAGAUCUACCCAUUGCUGGGACUUGCGUGCUCAGACACAAGCACUGUGAAGACCACAGCUCAAAUCGAGGGCUUUUUGGAUGUUUUGGGCCCAUUCUUCCUCAUUGUGAUUUCCUACGUGUACAUUUUUUACACCAUUCUAAACGUCCCAUCCACCAAUGGGAAGCGCAAGGCCUUCUCCACGUGUGGUUCUCAUCUGGCUGUGGUAGUCCUCUUCUAUGGCACCCUCUGUUGGGUCUACUUGCAGCCGACCUCCUCCAGGAAGUCUGACCAGAGUAGCAUUGUCGCUUCUCUCAUGUACACUGUGGUGACCCCCAUGCUGAACCCCUUCAUUUACACCCUCAGGAAUAAGGAGAUGAAAGCUGCUUUGAGAAGACUGAUCAUCAAGAUGAAAAUGGUUCAAGGAUGUUAG